AUGAGUGCUCGGCAGGACUCUGAUAACUUAGCUUGGGACCGGAGCGAUGAGCUCUGGGAAGAGGCAAAGAAGCAGGUCCGGCUGUCGUCUCAGUGUCGCAAGAUUGAAUCCUUGGCUCAAGGACUGCUGGGCAAACCCGCAACAUUCGUCGCCCCGGUGAUUAUAGGCGGCUUCAAUGUGCUAUAUCCCAUCCAGAUCGAAGAUUCAUCCGACAAAGUCCUCGUUCGCUUGCCAUGUCCCAACCAGGCCCUGUUCCCCGAAGAAAAGACGCUUGCAGAAGCCGCAACGGCAGUAUUCAUUAGCCAAAGUACUCAACUGCCGGUCGCGAAAGUCCUCCACCACAGCGUUGAUUCCGAAAUUGGGCCAUUCAUGAUCAUUCAGGACCUGAAGACCCGGCGAAACAUGACUCGUGCUCUUGAGGCUCCCCGUGAUGAUCCUAGCGACACGCCUGUCUUGAACCUCGACAUUUCGGACCACGAUCUCAAGAGGCUGUACACGAUCAUGGCGCGAUGUGUGCUACAGCUUGCACAGCCUACUUUCUCACGCAUAGGAGCUCUUGUUGAGACAAGCCCUGGGACCUAUCAAGUACGAGGGCGGCCUAUCACUCUCAACAUGAGCAAUAUGGUCCACCUUUCCAACAUCCCAGCUUCAAUCUUCCCAUCCGAGGGCACGACAUUCAAGGCUGUUGAUGAGUGGUAUCUGGCGCUGGCCAACAUGCAAAUGGCAACACUUCUCUUCCAGCACAACGAUAUAGUAGAAUCUGAGAAUGACUGUCGGACCAAGUAUGUCGCUCGCCAGCUCUUUCGCAGACUAGCCGCACAAGGCCACCUGUCUAGCUAUGGCUUUGUCGAGGAUGACUGGUCCGCCAGCUCAAAGCGAGCUCGUCCAACACUGCCGGCACCGGACGGCUCAGGGUCUUUCCAUCUUUGGUGCGACGAUUUCCGCCCGGUCAAUGUACUAAUUGACGGCGAUGACCAGCUCGUUGGAGUUAUUGACUGGGAAUUCUCCUAUGCCGCGCCAACACAAUUUAUCUUGGACUCACCUUGGUGGCUGCUACUUGAUGUCCCGGAAAUGUGGGAUAGUGGCAUCGACGAUUGGACAAAUAUCUACGAGAGACGGCUCCAAACCUGGCUCGCAGCUAUGGAAGCGGCAGAGAAAGAGAUGAACUUGGAGUCUGGUCUGCUGUUGUCGGCGUAUAUGCGAGAGAGCUGGAUCACGGGCCGCUUUUGGCUAGACUACGCUGCCAGGAGAAGCUGGGCGUUUGAUACGAUCUACUGGAAGUAUCUUGAUGAAAGGUUCUUUGGCGAGCGUUCCAAGGAUAUUCCGAUGGAAGAACUUUGGAAGACGAGGGUAUCGCUGUUGAGCGAAGCAGAGCGAGAAGCGAUGGAGCCACUGGUGCAGAUAAAGAUGGAGGAGUCAAAAGACCGACGCUUGAUCGAUUGGGACGGGGAAGAAGCGAGGCAGCGCCUGGCCUCCUUUCUCUUUGAUUGA